AUGAGCUCUUAUUUGGCUCAGCCAAAUCCAGUUACGGCUCGUUGGGAAGGUGAAGAUCAUCUAAGAGAUCCUAAGUUCCAACUAGAUGCUUUCCGGUAUCGAACAUCGCGUCUCCUACAAAGUGUUGCAAUGAGACUCAAGAAACACAGCAAGACACUUGGAACAUUCGGUGCAUGGAACAGAUGCUUGAAUCAUCUCUUGACACUAGCAGAAUCUCACAUUGAAACAGUCAUUCUCGCCAAGUUCAUUGAAGCUGUUAGAAAGUGUCCGGACCAAAGUGCAAGAGCUGGUCUGAAACUAGUAUGUGAUCUUUACGCUUUGGACCGAAUAUGGAAAGAUAUAGGAACGUACCGUAACGUGGACUAUGUGGCGCCUAACAAAGCCAAGGCGAUUCAUAAGUUGGCUGAGUAUUUGAGUUUCCAAGUAAAGAACGUGGCUAAGGAGCUAGUGGACGCCUUUGAGCUACCUGAUCAUGUUACUAGAGCGCCUAUUGCUAUGCAAGAUGAUGCUUAUGCACAGUAUACUCAAGUUGUUGGAUUCUGA